CAAAUAUCAUUAGCGGAAGGUAUACAUUUAAUUCUAUUAUAAUAUUGAUAUGAUUUUCAUAACAGAAUUAAAUAUGCUGUUUGUACUAUUAAUAUUUAAUACCAUCAAAGCAUAGACAAGUAUUCAUCACUUCUUUAACUGCUACCAACAUUUCGUUUCAAUCGCGAAUAAAAUGAGACUCUCAUGUCUAAGGUUCAGUGCCUACUGCUACAACAGGUAUUGAGGUAAAUAGUGAUAACUGAUAACAAUAAUAACCACAUCUGAAUGGCAAUCAAUGAUAGUAAUAUUGAUUUUUAAAAUUUACUAAAUUACUAAAUACUGAAUUCUUUAAUGUUUUAUAAAAAUUUAAUUUAAUUUUAAUUUAUUCAGAAUAUACAUAUAUAUACUUUAUGUUUAUUUUCGUGUUUAAAUAAUCAAUGUGAGUGAAAAAAAAUAAAAAAUAAAAUAUAAUCAUAAUUUUUUGGUGUAAAAUGGCUGGUCAACCACCACAUACUACAAUCAACUGUCCGGUGUUAAAAAUUUCAUCACCAGUUACUUGCCAAUCCCCAAUUGUUUCACCAAGAACACAUCAAUAUGUAGUUCAACAACCUACCUCUCGAACAACCGUACCUCAGUUAGCAAGUACAAACAGCGUAAGGCAUAUUAUACCAUCUUCGAUUGCUCAAUCGUCAAAUGUAACUUACAUGUUACCGUCUGGUGCUCAUAUUGUAAGAAUGAAUAAUGUGAUGACUACUACUGUAGCUGGAGAUCAAAGACCAAAUGCACAAAUCAUUAGAACAUCAAGUUCUCAAAAAACUUCUUCCAAAAAUAGUAAUUUAACUAUUUCAGAGGUGGUUAACAGCCGUGAGUUUAAACAACUAAUAAUAUAAUAAACAGUAUAUUUAGAUAAUAGUAUAAAUUAUUGUAUUAUGUUUCAGCAGCUUCAGGAAGUGAGAUUUCCAGAACUCUUGGUGUUACACCUCCAGUUUUUCAAAAACCUGGAGUAAAUAAAUCCAAAUUAGCGGCUGCAGCAUAUUACAGCCAAUUUAAAGGCAAUGAUUCUCCUCCAAAACUUUCCAUUAUAACUAGUAAGUAUUCAAAUAAAAUUAAAUGCAUACCUUAGUAUUUAAUUAAAUUUAAUAAUUACAGAGCCGAAUGAACCAAAACCUGGGCCGAGUAUUAUUCUAACAUCAAAUGAUUGGAGCAAUAAUAAAAAUGUCUCCAUUUCAAAUUUACAAAAAAAUCCGAAUUACAUGCCAAUACCAUUGAUUCAAAAAUCAGGAACUUUGAUAAAGCCUAAUGUUGAUAUACAACAACAAAAACCCCAACAUCAAUCUAUUCGUUCAGUUAUUUUACCAUCAAAUUACCGAACAAAUACUGUUAAUUCACAGCAAGGCACUGAUUGUAAAUUAUUAUUGAGUUCAUUAAAUUUACCUACUCAAGUAAGACAAAAUUUAUAGUAGUUAUUUACAAGAAAAAACAAUUAUAAAUUUAAAUACUUUAUAAUUUGGUACCUACAAGCAAGGGCAUCUUCAGAAAUUUGUUUAAGUGGUAUGGGGGUAAAAUAUUUUCAAUAUUUAGUUUCAUUAUCUGAUUAGCAAUACAAAAUGGAUUUAUUUGCACUUAAAAUCCAUAAGAAAAGAGUUUGAAAUCAUCAAUAAAAAGCCCUGAAAAAAUAUUAAAAAAAGCAAAUAUGGUAGAAGGGUUUAAAACAUAAAAUAUUUUUAUUUUUUAAUAGGUACAAUUUUAUUUGAAAAAAAUUACUUUGUGUUAAUCAUUUUUGUAAUGUUAUAAAAUUAUUGUUAAUAAAUUAGAUGGGAACUUUUAAAUCUCUUAAUUAUUUUUGUUUUGUUUUUUAAAACUGUUUUGAUAGUUUUAAGAGCUUUUUUGUGGAUUUUAAGUAAAUAUAAAUCCGUUCCUUAGAAUAAAAUAUGGGUCGUGACAUGUUUUCUUUCAUAUAUGUAGGGAAUGUAAAAAUUAUGAAUUAUGUAGAUAGUUAGUUAAAACUUAAUUUUACAGAUGGUAGUAUUAAUUUUAAAUUAGCAAAUAUAUUUUAUUUUGUUUACAUAAAAUCAAAAUUAUCAAAGAUAAUAUUAUGAUAAUUAUAUAAGUAGUAAUAGAAAAAAUAGUAGGUAGUGUAAAUUUAACAAAUGACUAUAAUUUUUUUUUUUUAUAUAUUAUAUUGUAAAAUACAUUAUCAGCUAUGGUCUAAGUUGUAAUGCUAUUAAUGAAAAUGAUAAACACUAAAAAAAAUUCACUAUCAAAAAAGUGUAUAAAGCUUUUGUUUUUUUCUAGAUAGUUAAUAAUAAUAAAUAAUUUAAACAUAACUUAAUUAUACAAAUUUCACAUAUCACUCAAAUGUAUUAGGCAACCCUUUGGAAUUUACCUAUAAUAUUGGUAUAAUGUAUACAAUAUAGAUACAUAUGGCAGUAUAUUUAAUUUUUUUUUUUUUAAAGGUAUUUUUUUGAAAAAUCAUUUUUGAAUUUUAUAGGUUGCAAAUUCAAAUGAUAAACCAAACAUAUCAAAUACUCCAGUUUCAAAUAUUCAACAGCUCAAUACAAAUAUUAUCCAAAUUCCUCAAAUGGCCCAAAAGGCUCAAAAACCUGGAGCUAAUGUGCAUGUUGGUCAACUACCUCAAACCUCAAUUCGUUCUGUUAUAUUACCAGCAAAUUAUCGACCAGCAACAACUAAUGUUGGAACACCUCGCCUACCUAGAGGAGUUGAUUAUAGAUUAAUUCUCAAACCGGUAAAUAUACAACAGCAAGUGAUCAAAUAUAUGUGUAUAUUAAAUUAUUUCAAAACCUUAUUAUGAUUGAAUGUAAUUAACAUAUUUACAGGUAUUAAAAAAUGUACCACCAUCCAGAUUUCCAAUUCGACAAAACACUCCAUUACGAAAAGUCACACCACAACAAAUCCCCCCUAAUGUUCGGUCCCUAAACCGUCCUCCUACUUCUAAAACUCAAAAUGAUACAAUUGCAGAUUCUAAAAUAAAACAAAUCCCAUUGAAAGAAAGAAAACACAAAUUAGUUAUUUCAGAAAAAUCUAUUCAUAUAUGUAUAGAUGAGCACAAUGGAAAUCUUAAAGCAAAUCAACCAAAUUUAAAAUUAACACCAUCUGCUAUAAAACUUAUACAAGCUGAAGUUACAUACAGAUUGUUUUAUUUAUUAAGGGUGAUAAAAUAUGAUCAAUAAAAUUAUUUAAGCUUUAAUUUUACAGUUAAGUAUGUAUUUCAGGAAUGUAAAAAAUAUCACAUGAGAUGUCGUACCAAUGUUUUAUCAGAAGAAUCAGUUAGAAUAGUUUGUUCUGAAUAUUUUGGUACAUUCUAUGGCAACAAAUUGUGGCCAUUGUUUUGUUUAAAACCACGUGAUGAUGGUGAUAGUUCAAAUCCUGAUAAGGAUGAAAACCCUAUUUGGAUGAGAAAACAUAAUAAUGUCAAUCUUUUAGGGUGGAUAAAACAUCCUCAAUUUUACAUUAGUUACUAUAGAAGACGUAAGAAAUAUUUUUUUUCAUUGUUUCAUUCACUAAAGCAUUGUUUAUUUUUUAGUUUUAAUUAAAAACUAUUUUUUUUUCUUGUCUUAAUACUAAUAUUUGUCAUGGUUUUUGGUCAGAAUUUUAGAUUUGGAGCAUAUUGAGGGAUCUAUUAGUUUUACAUUGAUAUGUUUAUUUUUUUUGUCUGGGCAAAUUUUCAAACAGAAAACUUGCUCUGGUGUUUAAAGUGGUAUACCUUUCUUGUAAAAGGAAAUUUUAUCUAGUUGGUGCUUGAGCAGGUCAUUUUUUGAUUUUCCAAUCAAUUUUUAUAAUAAUCUGGAAAAAGCAGAAAAAUAAUCAUAGGUAAAAUGAUAUAUAUUCACUAUGUUUAAUAUAUCAACUAUAUUCUCUACAAGAAAUAUUGCUCCAAUAAAAAAAAAAACAGUAAAUCUUUCUUGUUGCGUUUGUAAUCUAGUAGGUGAAUAAGAAAGUCUGUUUUAAUUUUCCCUGUAGUUUUUUUUAAAAAACCGAAAAACUGGUGUUAUUAUUUUCAAUUUUAUUUUUUUGUUUUAAUUCAGUUAAAUAUAUUCUUAAAGACAUUUUAACAAAAAACUUAUAUAUACCUUUUAGUUAAAUUUUAAAAAAAAUUUAGACAUUUUAAUUUGGUAGGUAUUCUAUGAAUAAAACUGCUAGACUAAACAGAAAUGCUUGAAAAUAUGAUAGGAGGUUCAUUCUGGUCCAAAAAAAAAUUUGGGUGUAAUAUAGAAUUUUUUUUAUAAGAAUUGUUAUAUCAAAUUUUGAUGAGAAUUUUAAAUUUUAUGGUUACAAGGUAUAAAUUAAAUAACUUUAUGUAUCCACUUAAGGAUAAAUUUUUAUUUCAUAUUAAAUAGUAGACAUUAAAAAAAAAUAUAUUAAUGAUAUUUAUUUUUAUAUUAAAAGUUCUAAUGGAUUAAUAUAAUAUAUUUAAAAACUUGUUUUUAUAGGUAGUAUAAAUUAUCCAGCGAAGAAAAAUUUGACAUCAGACUCAUUAAUGAAUGUUUCGGAAACUAUAUAUGAACAUUCACAUCCUAAAUUAUUUACUGAAGGGUCUACAGAUUCUCCAAAAGUAUUCUACCAGCCUUGAAAAACUAAUCAAGUACCAUUUACCAAUUUAUUACAAAAAAAUAAUAGUGAUAAGUUAAUUCUGCCAUUAUAGACAUUUAUGGAUAUUGGUCAAAGUAUUCUUACUUCUACAUCUAUGUCAAUAACUUCUCAUCUAGAUUAAAAAAAGUUUUGGUAGUAUUAUUUUAUAUUAAAAUUGUAUUAUAGUUAAGUUAUUUAUACAACACAAUAUAAUCCUAUUUAAAUUAUUGUAUUUCCACUUUUACAAUUUCGUAUGUCUUCUUACUACUGAGAAUUACACAGAUUCAUGUAUAAUAACCAAUAAGAAAUAGAUAGGUCAGAUGUCUGGCCUUUGGAUAGCACUGUUAUCUAUCCUUUUCUACUUUAGCCAUUUGCUUACAUUUUGCAAUGGUACUGUAAUAAUUUUACACCUAUUUUUAUUAUAUUACAUUUUUUAAUUAUUUUCAACAUUUAAGUGUAAUUACUAAUUUCUAAUAUAUUUCAGUAAAUAAUAAUAACAAUUUUAAACUAGAAACUGCUAACUAUGGUUAUUGUAUUAUCCUAUGAAUAAAUUAAUAGUGUAAAUAAAUUACUCAAAUCUGUUAUAUUAUGAAAGUAGACAUUUUUAUAGAUCUAAUAGAUAAACAGCCUAUCUAUUUUUUUAUUAUUAUUUAUAAGAAAAUUGUAUCUUUAGAGUUAUAUUUUAAUGAAUUAUAUACAUUUAUUUAUUACUUUUACUUUAGUGGCCCGAUCCUUGCCUUAGUAGUUAGUAAUUACUAUAAAUUAAGAAUAUUGUUUUUUUCCUUUUCCUUUUUUGUAUUAUAUCAAUUUUUUUUAAAAUUCAUUUAUCACAGUAUAUAGUAUCAUGAGUAUUGUGAAUUAAUAAUUUCUGUAAUUUUUUAAUUAUUAUUAUUAUUAUUGUUAAUUUAACAUCUGGUUUUGUAGUAUAAUUUUAUAUUAUUAAAAAUAUCAUUGUUUAAAAUAGAUAUAAUUGUUUUAUAUAUUGAACUUAGCUGUGACCAGUGUCUUUUAAUUUGAAUAUUUCAUAGAACCAAAAAUGUAUACAAUUAAUACUAUUGCACAAAAUCUAUAAUAAUAAUUAUAAUAUUAUGUGUAUAAUAUAGUCAUGGUUGUAGUAAUAUUAGUUAAUUUUAAAGAUUCCUAAAGAAAUUCACAAAUAAACUGAUAAUAUUGUUUAAUAUACAAUUUAUUUAUUUGAACGUAUUGUGUAUUUAUUUUUUUUUUUAUUUAUGAAAUCAAAAUUAUAAAUUAUAAUAGUAUCAAUUAGUACACCAAUACUAUAUUAUAUGUGUAAUUUAUACAAUAAUAUUAAUUUUAAAGUUAUUUAUAUAAUUUUUUUUUUUUUUUACAAUGAAAAAAUUUAACUUAAUAAUAUUAACAGAGUAGUAUAUGCAUUUAUGUCCUUAUUAUAUCACCUGUAAUUUAUUUUUUUUAUUUAGAAUUUGCACAUUAAAUCUAAAGUAACAAACAGUACAAUACACUGUUUGAGUGUAUUCCAAAUUAAUUAUAACCCAUACAUAUAUAUAAGUUAAUAAGUUGGUAAAUAAUAAUUAAACAAAUUACAAAUCCAUCUUAAAAUAGAAUUGGUAUUCAGUCAAAUAAGAAGUCAAACUAUAGUCAAUUUAAAAAUAUUAUUUCACAACAGUUAAUUUUUUAAUUAAUGGAUUUUGAUUACAAUAAAAUUUAACAAAAUAAUUUGACUGGUCCAAAACCUAACCCUACUUGAAAGAAUAUAUCAUUUAUUCUAUAAUUUAUAUUUAAAAAAUUUACUCAAUAUACUAUAUUUACAUGCUAUUUAAAUUAAAAGAUUAAUAAAAAUAAACAAAAAUGUACAACCAAUUUAUAAUAAAAAAAUGUAUUUAAUUUUUAAUGUUAAAAAUAAACAUGAUAAUAUUAUUACUCAAUGACAAUUUUAUUGAGUUAUUUCAAUUUGCAUAGUAUUUUAACUGAUACUUAAUUUUCUAUAUUAUUUUCUGAAGAUUGCAUGCUAACUGCUCAUAACACAAUCUAAAUUGUUUAAUAUCUACUGAAACUUUGUAUUAUUACUUUACUAUAUAAAUCAUAGGUAUAAUACGUACUUGUGUGUUUAUUUGUCAACAAAUAGAUUCAGAAUCAAUACAAGUCAACAGCUAUGUGCCAAACCCUUAUAACUUAACAUUUUCCUUAUUUUUUUAAUUUAAUUUUUUGAAUAAAUUAUUUGUUUAAUGUUAUACAAAUUGUAAAAAUAAUUGAAUUAUUAACAAAGUAAUAUUCUGAUAUUUAAUAAUAACGAAUCAAACAAACGUUUUUAACUAUCCUGAAUAAUUUGUA